CAGGCAGGUCAGCGCGAGGCGGAGUCUGCGGCGAGAGACCCAGCAGCGGCACACACUUAAAUUACGUGCCUGCGCCAGCAGCAGCAGCAGCUCCGGCACUGAGGCACCGCAGCGCACCCGCCGCAGACACCUCUGCUGCUGCUCGCUAUGGGAUCCGCCGCUGAGCAGCCGGGCAGGGCCACAGCCCUCGUGUCCAGCCUGCUGAACGACACCUUCGAGUUCUACCGCUGGAGCUGGAGCAUCCGAGACAAACGUGUUGAUGACUGGUUCUUGAUGCAAUCUCCAUUUCCAACACUGACUAUAAGCACUCUUUACCUCCUCGCUGUCUGGCUGGGUCCCAAGUGGAUGAGGAGAAGAGAACCCUUUCAAUUGCGCUUCUUGCUGAUUAGCUACAACUUUGGAAUGGUUCUACUUAACUUCUAUAUUUUCAAAGAGCUAUUUUUGGCAUCCAGAGCUCGAGGAUACAGCUAUAUCUGCCAGACUGUGGAUUAUUCAGAUAAUAUUUAUGAAGUCAGGAUAGCUGGUGCUUUAUGGUGGUACUUUGUCUCAAAAGGAAUUGAGUACUUGGACACAAUAUUUUUCAUCCUGAGGAAGAAAUUUAAUCAAAUCAGUUUCCUUCAUGUCUAUCACCAUUUCACUAUGUUCACCUUGUGGUGGAUUGGUAUCAAGUGGGUUCCAGGAGGACAAGCUUUUUUUGGAGCCCAAAUGAAUUCUUUUAUUCAUGUUGUUAUGUACAUGUACUAUGGAUUAGCUGCCUGUGGCCCUAAAUUGCAGAAAUAUCUGUGGUGGAAACGAUACUUAACCAUAUUACAAUUGAUUCAGUUCCAUGUGACUCUUGGCCACACAGCCAUGUCUAUUUAUAUCGACUGUCCCUUCCCUAAAUGGAUGCACUGGGGUUUAAUGAUCUAUGCUGUCACCUUUAUUUUCUUGUUUGGUAACUUCUACUAUCGGACAUAUAAAAUACCCAAGGAACCCAUUAAGAAUGGCAAAAUAGUGAAUGGUGCUGUUGCAAACGGUGUAAGCAAACUAGAAAACAAUCUAGUGGUGGAAAAUGGAACAAAGCAGAAAAAGAGAAAAGCAAAAGGAGAGUAACUUAUCCAAGCCUUAACCAUUGCUGGCAGUGGGGAACCUCCAGUUUGGUUUAAAAAGAAAAAGAUAAAAAAAAGAAACGUAAUGUACCAAUUAACCCUUAGGUUACUGAAGAGCUAGAACACAGAUAUUUUCAUUGUUUAUGAAGAUUGUUUUAACAAAAAUAUUUCAAGUUAAAUUUCCAUUAUAAUUAUGUAAUUAUCAAGCAUUUGAUGAUCUGUGUGUAAACUUUUAGACCGCGGGUGCUGAUGAAUGUGAGAAAGAAUUGCAGUAAAUAACAUGUUUUAGCAGUCCAAAGGUUAAUAUUACCAGUGAUCCAGUGGUUUGUUGAAGCCCACAUUUCUGUGUGGAAAAAGGCAGCUUUUGAAUAUUUCUGUUUCUGCCAGAAAUUUAUUAAAUUCCAAAUUAUGAUGAUGUAUGCUUUUAUCUGAAAAUACAAGCUCUCAUUAUUAAUUAGAGAGAUCUCAAGACACAGUUAUGUUCACAGUUAUGAACAGAGUUUGUUGACCUAUCAGAUUCUCUUUGUUUUGAUUUAGUGUCUGCUACAAUUUUUCUUCUAUUGUGGAAAUAUACCUACUUCUUAAUCUGCUGAAAAGAACAUUUAACAUUAAAUAACUUUAAUUUCUGAAAUAUGGAGUCUUCUAAUAUAAAUGUCAGUUAAUGCUAAUUGGAGAAAGAAAUUGCUUUCCUGAAAAAAUACAUUUUCACCUGUUUUGUAGAAUUAUCAUCUGUCUCUUUCAGUGCAAGCUUGGAAUGGUAUUUUGAAUGUGGUUAAAUGGGGAGAAAACUUUAAAAAAUAUAUUUAUAUGAAACAAAGUACAUCUCAUAGCCUAAAAUAAUCCAUCUGAUGUAAGGUUAUUCUGCCUUGUCCCCCACCUGCAUUAAACCCAUGGUGCUAACUCUUAUAACACUCAAAAUGAUCGUAUGGUGUUAUGGUGAGGGGGAACAUACUGUAGAACUUAAUCCUUCUUUUGCAAAUGCUACGUGCAUUCGAUGCCAGUCAUGUUUAAAUAGAAAACAGGCACACUUCAUCAGGAGAGAGAAUCUGCAGUUAAAGUAUGUCUUUACAGCAAAUACAUUGUGAGUAUAUUCUGGAAAUAUCUACCCAUAUGUUGGUCUUGCAUCUUAGUAUUUUGAUGAUUGUAGACUACAUAUCUGGUAUUGUUUGCAGGCCACCGCCUAAUGCAAAUGAUAGAGGUAGAUUGGCUGG